AUGGAAAAUUCAAGCUCCUGCUCUGACUCUCCUAUUUCAGAAGUAGAAUAUUCAAGUGACUCAAGCGAAACGUCAGUAACAGGAUGUUACAUGAAUGAGCCUGAAUACUCCAAAGCAGAACUUGAAAAAGUGACUUAUAAAUCUAGUGAUAGCGAAGAAGAAGACGAAUUGAAUUCAAGCAGACUUGAAAAUUUGCAUUGGUGUACUUGUACAUGUUGCGUUAUUUAUAAUUGCUUCACUCUUGUGGAAUGCAAGUGUUGCCAAGAAUUUUUCAAUUUAUUGAACGACAAGUUGAAUGAUAACAAGUGCAUCACGAUGCACAAGGAUUUUGAAAUUUUAUGUUUGAACCGCACAGUGUUAGAGACAGCCAGCAUACGACAUCGACGAUAUCAGAAAAAAUAUAACGAACUCUCCACAUAUACUAAUAAGGAAAUGAGGUACACCAGUUACCGACAGUACACGGCCUGGGUACAUUAUUAUGAAAGGCUUGGAAAAGGAUGUCGCGUGGUGAUUCCAGCUUGUGUUGUGCGGAAAAUAAGGGAAGAAUUUCCUGAUUCAGAUAGAAAAUAUACUGGAUUCAAAGAAUUUGUUGACAUAUAACGGGACUUAACAUUUUUAAACAAACAAUAACAACAACAAAAAAGCGAAAUAAAGUACAACGGACCAGAGUUAUUUUUUGAAUCGUUUUGCAUAAUUCCGUUUCUCUAAAAUUUUCGAAGUGUCAGGUCUGGCCGUGUGGGCAAUGUUACGUGGUCAACUAAGCUUGUUUACAACUUCUUUACCAGAGAUCUUUACCUUUACCCCACUUUCCUUUCUUUCAAUUAUGUCAUUCAUUAUCGCAUCAACAAAACUGAAAGACUUGGGUUCUUUCACAGGUUUCGCGACCCACUCUUUAUUCAAUUUGCUUGAGACAAACUUCCACUUUUUUUCACCGACCUUCUGACUCCCUUUACGCGCGCAUUUUACAACAGCCUGCUUUCG